AUGCGCUUCAGUCAAGCGAUACUCGUGGCGGUUUUCACUUACCUCGCCAGCGCUGGCACUCUCUCGGCGGCAGAAGCAGGUGAGACGAAGAAGACCUUAAUAACUGGUCGAGAACUUGUCGCUGGAAGAUCGUUGCGGGUCGGCACACGGGUCGAUACAAACGACGACGAAGAGAGAGCCUGGAUCAACCUGCCAUCGAAAGUGGGCAAGUUUUUUUCGAGAAAAGCAGGCAAAGUGCAGCUUACGAUCCCGAAAGACGCGCCCGAAGAAGUCUUGAAGAAAGAGUUGGUGCUGAACGCGCUCCCAAGGAAGGUCCGCAAGCCGAACGGGAAGUACAAGCACGUCAAGAUGACCGGGCAAGAAAAAAUCGCCAUGUUUGAGAGCUGGGCUAAAAAGGACAUCACUUCAUUCGAUGCGUGGGGGAAGUUGGGGAUGCGUAAUGUCCGUGAAAACCAGCUCGACGCCGUCAUGGAUAGCAGACACUUUGCAGACUACUUAGCUUACGUGAAGAUAUACGACGACGCUGUAAUUGCGAGAAUGAAGGUUGGUGGCAAGCCUCCGCUGGUUCAUCCGGAGUCCACGGCUGCAGAAUUGACGGCCAGAGCUGUCGCGUUGGGAAUCAACAAAAGGGAAGACGCAUACGCGAAAUUGGCUCUGGGGUUGGGUGGGCUGGAAGGAAAUGCGUUGAAGCAGCACACGAACUAUGGGUUCUACGAAGACUACUUGAGGGUGCUGAGAGACAAUUAG